AUGGAUUCUAAACUUCGUGCGAGUCCCGAACAAUUCAGUUUGCUAAUAGAAUUUAUGGAAAGGUAUGGUCUGACUGGAAAACCAAAGCAAAAAAAGAAAGCCUCCCUUAUAAAUCGGGAUAUUCAUGGCACUGGUGGUGGGUCUGGUAGGGGAAAACCAUUAAGUCGACUUGAGGAAAGGGUGUUACGUGUAAUUGGGGUCACCGCAAUUACUGGAAGUCAAGCCAUACAAGAAGCAGGCUUUCAAGAACCAUCUCAACUUCAAGUGAGCAAUACAGCUGAUACAGCAGGGAGGAUGUCAUCACCAGCAGAAAUUGAGCUCUUGGCAUUACUAUCAGCUGCAGAAGAUACACCCAUAGCAGUGCCAGCAAAUGUAACAUCUCCACCAGCACAUCCUGUCAGUCCUGUGCCAGGACCUUCAAAUAGUAGAACUAUACAAGGAGAAAGGUCGCCGGUAUCUGCCGGCCCUUCUACACCUCGUCAUCGCCGUCUCAGACAGCGAAAACUGUGA